UAUCAGGAUAUUUCAUUGUACGCAAAAGCUAGAAAGGGAAUGACCAAUCAGAGGUGUGGAUGUUGGAUCGGGGGCGUGUCUUUGGCGAGGCUGGUGGAUGCUCGUUGCUACAGCAGCAGCGGCUGUUUUCAGUGAGAAAGAUGGAUGAACUUGACGAAUCCGUGGCCGCUGGCGACGAGCUGCAGUCGUGUAAAGUGUGUGGGAGAACUUUUUUCACAAGAGUCCUCAAAAAGCACAUGACCAUCUGCCAGAAAGUCACGACGAAGAAAAGGAAGGCGUUUGACUCGAGCAGGCAGAGAGCCGAGGGCACCGAUAUCUCCACCGUGAAACCGAUGAAGCCGAAGCCCGAAGCACCCAAGAAACCAUCCAACUGGCGUCGAAAGCAUGAGGAUUUCAUCGCCACCAUCCGCGCUGCCAAGGGCCUGGGCCAAGUGAUGAAAGAGGGUGGCCCUCUUCCCCCGCCCCCUCCUCCGUCCUACGACCCGGAUUAUAUCCAGUGCCCGUACUGCCAGAGGCGGUUUAGCGAGAACGCGGCUGAUCGGCACAUCAAAUUCUGUAAGGAGCAAGCGGCCCGCGUUACCAACAAGGCGAAAUUCCCCGGAAACGACAAAGCCAAGCCUCCUCCAUCCAGGACACAGUCCAAACCUGCCCCAGUGAAGAAAGCGUGUGCCGUAACCUCCACACCUUCCGCGUCUUCGACGUCUUCCUCGUCUUCCUCUCGCCUGCCUCAGCGUCCAGCCUACGGACAGAGCGGAGGAACCGGCAUUAAAAUUCCCGCAGGCUCGGUGAGGAAUGCGACAGCGUCAGCUCCUUUCUCUCCGUCCCGCCCAAACGCUGUAGGAGUUACCAGUCCUCCUUCUGGGGUUAACACCAAACCUAAAGGCUUAGUUACCCCUGCUUCACUGAAGAGCACGUCCUACGGAGGAGGACUGAAUAAAAAGGUCUACAGCGCUAACAACUAUAAUUCAAGGAACGAGGUGAAAAACAACGACAGCGAGGUGGACUUUUCCACACAGGGGACCAAGUUCUGCCAUGAGUGUGGAACCAAGUACCCAGUGGACUGGGCCAAGUUCUGCUGUGAAUGCGGGGUGAGGAGGAUGUGCAUGUAGAGAGAGACCGAGAGAGACCGAGAGAGAGAGAGAGACAAGACAGAUGUCUUUUAAUGCUGAGUUUCUCCUUUUUCCAGCCGUCACACUCGUGCCCAUUAAUUUGACUCCUUCUCUAUUUAUUUCUGUGUCUUUGCCUUGUUUUGCUCCACUUGUUUUUUUUUUUUGUUUGUUUUUUUUUAUUUAUCGAAGUGCAAUAUCAUAAACGACCGAUUUUUUAUUUUUAAAGCAGAAUUUUUACCGUGUUAGAAUUCAUUUCAAAACCCGAUUCCAUUUCAAACCUGACGUCAAUCAAAUCCGGCAGAGCAUCGCGGUUUUUAAUUUAUAUCUUUAUUUUUUUUCCGUAGCCGUUCACCUCCGUACUUUAUGUUCCUUAUUAUUUUUGUAAAGUUCUUCAUACUUAUUUAUCUCGACAUUUCAUGCCUCGUACGCACGAAGAGACAGAAGCGAACGGGUCGCGGCUCGCGGAUCGAUCGCGAUCCGUAUUCAGACGCUUCGACAACGCGACCCGAGGGGAAAAAUAGCCGAUGAUUUUUAGAUUUCACUUCACGAUCCACCCGCUCAGAAUCAUACGAAGUUCUCCACGCCUUUUAUAAUCCCACCGCUGCUCCUCAGCCAGUAGGUCACGUAAGAUAAAGCUCCGUAUAUAUUAACCCCCCGGUGUCGUUAUAGCCGAACGCUAACGACGGCGUGUCCUGUAUGAGCGGCGCGUAUCGUUCAUGUUUAUGCAGAAUGUCACGUGAAUAAACAUUCAUGCGAGUGACGAGA